GCUCAUCCGUCCACCGGUACAACCCACCUCCGGCCCCGCCAGUCGGGGGGACUUCCCCCUGCAGCAAGUGGCCGAGGCCCGCGGCGCGCCCAAGUCCCUUUGCCGGCUUGUCAAUGAGACCAUCCCACAGCACUUCCUCCUGGACAACACGCUGACCCCGCUGCAGGUCCGGCAGCGGUUGACCCAGUGCAUGCGCGAUGUCCUGGCCCAGAUCGAUGAGCGCGAGGUGGCCCAACUUACCGAGUGGAAUACCUACCUGAACACCAUUGGCGGCCUGGCCCCGGGGCUGACGCGACACUUGCGGCCGACGUUGGUGAUGGUCCUACCGACGGGCUCCGGCGCUCGGCGAACCCGACGCCCACGCACCAAACCCCACUCGUACUUCACGCACCCGGUCACCGGGGGCCUGUGCUCGAACAAGCAACUGCCGAGUAUGCCCACAUCUGCGCCCGAUGCUCCCCCCUCGCGUCAGUACACUCACAUUCGCCCACGCCCGACAUCGCCCUCUCCGACACUGCCAUCAGCCUGCGAGUCGCUGGCCUGCCGGACAGACCCUCGGCCCGGGUCUGUGCAAUGGGCGGUCAACAUUGUGGCAGACCUGGAGCGCCGGACGCCCGGGCAGCCGCGACAUGACAUCGCCACAUGGUGCCCGGCCACCGGGCUCAUCUCCGCCCCGGAGGCCGAGACUCCCCAAGUGUCGACCUGCUCCAGGACCGCCAGCACGCCUGUUCUUUCUCCCGCCGCAUGUCCCUUUUCCACGGUCAGUCGCCGGCGCCUGGCCGGCAUCGAGAUGCCACCUGCGGCCAAAACAAAACCCACAACCGGGACCGAGCCCGGGACAGGCGCCGGGACCGAUACCGGGUCUGAAUCCGGCGCCGGGGCCGACCCCGGGUCCGGAUCUGGCACCGACCCCAGGCCCGGGCCCGGUGCCGGGCCCGGGCCUGGCGGCAGGGCCAUCCUGAGUCGGUCAUGCAUGCGACCCCUGCGGCCUCUGGCUCCCGGCGGGCAGCUGCUGGCCCUGCCGGCCGUGCUGGAAGUGGAGGUCACCGCGCAUCCGCAAUUUUUGCUGUCCUCCCCCGACCAGCCCCUUCGGGCACGUCGCUUGCGCCAGCCCCAGUGGCGCGGGGCCGGUCCAGCGACCAAGGUCCGGCGGGUUGGCGAAAUGCCGCCACCCGUGCCGGCUCCGGCCUCCUUCGCCUCCUCAACGAGCACCCUCUCCGCGGCCCUGGUGAGUGCGGUGUCCACGGCUGGAGGCGCAUCUCGGCCGGUGUCCCCCCGGCCGGCGUCCAUCCCGGCCUCCCGCUUGACCGGGUCUCUGAUGGACUCCCUAUUGUUGGGGGCACUCGCCACGGGUUCGGCGCCGGCGCCGGCACCUGUGCCUGUAUUCGCACCAGCUCCAGCGAAAGACGCCAAGCCCACCCGAGCUGUUGGGCGUGCUGUGGCGGUUCCCCUCCGUCUUGGCGCACCCGGGGGGGUGCCAAGUGCCGGGCCAUUCCGGCGCUCGAUGGUCUUGGCCAUCCCGCCGGAUUUCGAAACCUCGCGCUUGACGGCGGCCCUGGCCCCGGCAGCCAUGCAUCUGGCCGAGGCCGCCACGGCCCCUGCCGCUAGUGAAGAGCCUUCCCCCACUGCCCCGGGGCCAUAGUUGCGGUUUCGAAAGGGGGCCAAAAAAAAAGCAAGUAAAAGCCGCAUCUGAAUGGGGCCGCGUUGCCCACGGCAUCUUGCGAUCCCGCGUGCCGCCGCAAUGGACUUCCCUCAAUGUGUAGACAAACGCCCAGAGGCGUUCCCCUCGUCCUUUUUUUGUCGCAAAUGCACUCGGAGAAGAAGGACA